GCUGGGGGCUUAUUCGCCUUGGUGGUGGGCGCCCUGCCCAUGUUUGCUCGAUGUACUGCCGCUAUCCGGGUGGAUCAGAAGGAUCCGCACUAGACCGUCGUGCUAACACAAAAAAGAGACCUCGACUGAGCGAAGCCAAAAAGAAAUUGCCACCAGUGCGGUUCGAACGCACGCAUCUUUCGAUAGCACAGUUUUGUUUUCAAGAAACUUAAAUGUGCCGCCUUGGACCACUCGGCCAUAGUGGCUUUUGAUGGUUUGCACCUCAAUUUUAUCUAUCUACGCAAACUGACCCUCUCUUCCAACAGCCGCCAAAUUCGGGACUCUCCGGUCGGCGUCAAACGGCCGUUGAUACCCGUUUAAGCCUCAGAUGUCGCAUCUCUCAUCGCGAAUCAUCCCCAGCAACACCACACCGCUCCCCCUCCGCAUCUCCCGCCUUAGUAAGGCCCUUUCGUGCAAUCGGACGCUUUUUCGACGAGAAUCCACAGACUACAACAUAGGCACGUAAUGGCUGGACUUACAAGUGAGCAGCUAACGCUCUUUAAAGAUAAUGGAUAUUUGGUUAUUCCAGCGGGGUUGUCGCCCGGGGUCGUUGACGAGUUGAAGAGCGAGACUGCGAGUCUUCUUAAUGGUUAGCGCUCUCUUUCUCGCUGUUUGCAGUUAUAAUACUGUGGUUAUAUUGUAAGGCGACAAGGGUGGCAGGAUGGUAGCUGAUAUGGCCGUUUUCCGAUCAGGGUUCUCACUCGAAGGGCACCCGAUGACUCGCUUCUCUACUGGUGGAGAGAACGGGGAAGACGGAGCGAAACAUGUUGGAGAUAAUUACUUUCUGGGCUCGAAUGACAAGAUACGAUUCUUUUUUGAAGAAGGCGCAUUUAUCCUGUCCUCUUGUUCCUCCCCACCGGUUGCUGACAGCCGCUCACAGAUGCCUUCGAUUCCACUGGCACCCUGACGAAGCCGAAACACCUGGCGAUCAACAAAAUUGGCCAUGCCCUCCAUUGGCUGUCCGCCCCCUUCGGCUCUAUGACUCUCUCCCGGCGUAACAAGGCCAUAGCUGCGGACCUGGGCUUCCGCGAUCCUCGCGUGCUACAGAGCAUGAUCAUCUGCAAGCAGCCGGAAAUCGGCGGAGCCGUGCACCCUCAUCAGGACUCCUCAUACCUAUAUACCGAUCCACCUAGCGCCGUUGGAUUCUGGUACGCUCUUGAAGAUGCCAAUGCUAGGAAUGGAUGCUUGAGUUUUGUCCCCGGGAGCCACAAGUGGGCGCCUAUCAAGAAGAGGUUUGUUAGGUGUGGUUCCGGCGGGACGGGGUAUGAGGAGCUGAGCGAAGGGCAGGGAGACGGCGUUAAGGAGAGGUUCGGCAGUGAGGUAGUGGAGGUUAGGGAGAAGAGGGAUGAGGAAUUUGUGAUGGUUGAGGUGAAGAGUGGCGAUCUUGUCCUUAUCGAUGGGAAUGUGUUGCAUAAGAGUGAGAGGAAUACCAGUGGGGUCUCGAGGUGGAUUUAUACUUUCCAUGUGAGUAUUUCUAUGUUUUUGUGUUUGCUUUUGUUCUUUUUGAUUGGAUGGGUUUGUUUGCUGAUAGCGAUGGCGGUGGUGUAGGUUAUUGAGGGGGAAAGGGAGUACGAUGAGAGGAAUUGGCUGCAGCCAACGGAAGGAGGGUUCAUAAGGUUAAACGAGGUUUAGGUUCGAUAUCUUGUGUCCAUCACUA